CUCAAGUAAUUGAGUAAAAUCUCUUAUUACCUACUUGGAUGAUUUCUUGAAGCUUCUAAAGAAAUACCCUUUUAUCCAUAUCAUCUCUUUUUAAGGUUGUCUCGGCUUGAGGUUUUCUCUGAUAAACAAAACACAAAGCAAGAAACAGAGUUUUUAAUUGUUGUCUUCGUGCGCAUACGAAUAUUCGAGAAGGUUAAUCUAAGUUAAGUUUGAGAGGAAGAACUAAAACCAUUCACCACAGAAGAUCGAGGCUAGAGACGGUUAUGGACGUCAUGCCUUACCAGAAUCAGGCAGAGGGUUUUGUUAAACGCUAUCUGUUAGCAGAUCCAUGUCUUCCUUAUACUUCUGUUCUUGCUGGAAUAUUUCUCUGCAAGAUGGUCUAUGAUCUUAUGGAGUCAUUCAGCUCUAUUCAUAUCAAAUCAUACUCAGCUCUCACAAAAAUGAAGAGAAUUGAAUGGAACAACAGGGGAAUUUCUACAGUCCAUGCGAUAUUUAUCUCAUUGAUGGCACUCUACUUUGUGUUCUUCUCUGAUUUGUUUUCUGACCAAACAAGUCUUCAAGGCCUUAUGGUGUUUCGUAGCUCGCCUCUAUCUAACUUUGGUUUAGGAGUAUCAGUUGGUUACUUUCUUGCUGAUCUUGGAAUGAUCAUUUGGCUUUACCCUUCUUUAGGGGGAUUAGAAUAUAUUUUCCAUCACAGCUUAUCUGGAGUAGCAGUAGCGUAUUCUCUGUUCUCAGGAGAGGCUCAGCUUUACACAUACAUGGUUCUAAUAUCUGAAGUGACUACACCAUCUAUCAAUCUUAGAUGGUACCUUGAUACUGCUGGUUUGAAGCGGUCUAAAGCUUAUCUUAUUAAUGGAGUUGCUAUUUUCUUGGCUUGGUUGACAGCAAGAAUACUUCUGUUCAUCUACAUGUUUUACCAUGUCUACAUACACUACGAUCAGGUGGUACAGAUGAAUACAUUCGGUUAUCUACUGGUAUUCGUAGUACCGAUUGCGUUGAGUGUAAUGAACUUGAUGUGGUUUGGUAAGAUAGUGAAGGGAUUGAAGAAAACACUUGAGAAAAGACAGUGAAGCAAAUAUUUUCUGUUGAAUGUAAAUAUAAAGCUCUUAUGAAGAAAAUGUGUUAGGUUCAAAGCAACAAGGUUUUUUACUUUUAGCUUAAACACUAAUUAUGUUCCAAAAAGAUCUCAAAUUUACUUCAGAAAUCAGAAUCUUAUUCCACAAUCGCUUCUCUCUCUCAUCCAUAUAUUUUUUUUGUUUCAUGUAACAUCUAGUAUGUAUUCCCAUCCAAACAAAACUUCUUGUAUAGCUCAUCACUAGACCACGCUACUAGUACAGUUGAGAUUACCGUUUUCAUUUCUUA